GUUGAUAUGAGGAUCGCCCUUGCUGGGCCGCGCGAUGCACAGGAGACACAAACCCGGUGCCUUGGAGCACCGGAGGGAUGUUGCGGCGCAGGGAGGAUCUCCGUCUGCAGCUCACCAUGAGGUGCGCUCCUUCUUCAACUUCUCACAGCUCGUCCUUUCCGCUGGCCACCUCAGGUCACCACCAGCCCUCAAACAUUCGAAAGUUACUUACUUUGAAGUAGAAAUCCUUGAUGUGCAAAGCAAGAAGCAGAUCUGCAUUGUGGACAAGGUACCUCCAUCAUCUACCCUUCUUGAUGUGAAACACAAAUUUCACAAAGCAUGUCCGCAGUGGUACCCUUCCCGUGUUGGCCUGCAACUGGAACGCAAUGGGCCCUAUUUGAAGGAUUCCAUUAGCAUUCAAAGUCUUGCAGUUUCUUCCAUUAUCACGUUGUAUUUUACAGACCUGGGUCAGCAGGUCAGUUGGACCACAUUUUUUCUAACAGAAUACUCCGGGCCUCUUCUAAUAUACUUGCUCUUUUACGUUCGUCUCUCUACUAUUUACGACCAAGUGGAAAGCGUGAAGAAUUUCCGCCACCCUGUGGUUCACUUGGCUUGCUUCUGUCAUUGUUUACACUAUACCAGGCAUCUUCUGGAAACAUUAUUUGUUCAUAAGUUUUGCGAAGGACACACUCCUCUGAAAAAUAUGAUAAAGGGCUGUGCCUUUUACUGGGGAUUCACUUCGUGGAUUGCAUACUACAUCAACCAUCCACGGUAUACACCACCAUCAUUUGGCCACAGACAAGUUUCUUUUGCUGCCCUUGCCUUUCUGAUGUGUGAAGCUGGAAAUCACUUUAUCAAUGUAGCUCUAGCUCAGCAAAAUCAUUCAGGAAGUAAAGCCUGCUUUCCAAGUCCUACUUACAACCCUUUCACAUGGCUCUUCCUGCUGGUGUCCUGUCCCAACUACACGUAUGAGGUUGGGUCCUGGAUUAGUUUCACAGUGAUGACACAAACACUGCCAGUUGGCAUUUUUGCUUUCCUGAUGGUCAUCCAGAUGUGUCUCUGGGCCAAAAAGAAACACAAGCUCUAUCUGAAGAGGUUUUAUCCAGAGGUGCGCAGAAAAGCGGCUAUGAUUCCUGUCAUCUUCUGA